ACCGGUACCGUGAGUAAAGAGUCGGGGACAGAAACACCGACACGGGCGUCGGUUGCUUUUUCCCUUUCAUUGUUAAUAACAGCACUGACACACACGGUUCUUCUCCGGCGCUGAGAGGAGGGCACACCGGGGACAAAGCCGACCCAGUGGCCGACGUUCCGCAGUGUCCAGGCGGGCAGGAGCACCGGGACGAGCCGGGGCCUGGUUGGUGUCAUGGGGAAUCUGGCGCCGACAGCUUUUCUCCGGAUUGAUGACUCAACCCCUGAACAAGACAGCGGAGGGAGGUUCAUGACCCGGAGGAUCAGGAACAACAUCACUUAUUAUCACGCUGUACUUCCAGAGGCAGGUCACCAGGUAACGCCGUGUCCAACCAAAGAGUCUCAGAGCCCCCCCGCUCUGCCCCUCAGCGACCCCCCCUCUGCAGACUCUCCCUCCUCCCCGCUGCUCUCUGAUUCACCCUCACACACGACCGCCUCCACCCACGGCCGGUCACAUGCCCGUCCGCUUCUUCUUUUCUUCCCCUGGCUCGGUGCCCGGCCGGCGGGUGUGGCCAAGUACAGGGACCUCUACCUGACCCGUGGCCUCGACGUCCUGGUGGUGCAGAGCGGUGUCAUGCACUUCCUGUGGCCUCGUUGGGGCCUCGACUACGGAUCGGAGGUGUUGCAGGUUCUGGAGGAGCCUCAGUUCUCGGGGAGGGAGGUGCUGGUCCACUCGGCCUCCAUCGGCGGCUACACUUUCACCCAGGUGCUCGCCCAAAUCGCUCAGGGGCCCAAACAGCACGCAGGCCUGGCCCAGAGGGUGAUAGGGCACGUCUACGACAGCUUGGUGGUCGGCUCCCUGGAGCACAUGGCGAUAGGCCUCGGCAAGACUCUGGUGCCGCGUUUCGAGGGCUUCGUCAAAAACGCGGCCAUGUUUUACUUCUGGCUCUUCAAGUCCCACACGGCAGACUUUUACAGCAGCAGUAUCCAGGUUUUCCGCAACAGCCCGAUAAGCACGCCAGCCCUCUUCUUCUUCAGCGAGGACGACGCCCUGUGCGACUGGGCUGCCGUGGAGAACACUAUUGACCUCUGGAGGAAGAGAGGCGUGGCCGUGGAGAGCCGGAAGUGGAAGGAGUCGACACACGCGGCGCACAUGCGGUGCCACCCGCAAGAGUACCUGUCCACGCUGGACGGAUUCCUGAAGUCACUGCCGACCCUCUCCCUCAAAUCAAACAUGGAAGAUGCUUCAUGAUUUCCAGUAGAUGAAUUUUAACCUUGCACCUUGAACAACGAUAGUUUCUUUAGCUGUUAGACUUUGUUGUUGGUUGAUUCUAGUAUUUAAUAUAUUUCAGUGGAGCUUUUGUCUUGUGAUGUUUGUUUUGCACAACAGGUGUUGUCUGGAGCCUGCACCAUGAAACAUCAGAAUGCUAAUCUUUACAAAAAUAAUAUAUCUGUGUUAUUAGGAGCAAUCCAUCCAUUCAUUGAAUUCUGGGGUGAACUGGGGGUAGAUGAAGAUGAAGGCUAGAAUAUGGUUCCUCUUCCUCGAAACCUGUCAGAAGUCUGGCAGUAGCAUUUUGGACCAGUUGUAGACACAAGGAUGACUGAUGGCAUCACAACAAUAUGAUCAAAUAGAAAUACUCUUUGGAAUAGAACAAGAAACGCAAGGAUUACUUUACAACUAUUAAAGUAAGGCAAAAGAUUUAAGUGCAGGAAUUGUUUUAACGAUCCUUUGAAUAUGUGUUUCUGAUGAAUGGAAAUGUUAUGAAAUUUGAUUUAAAAAGUGACAUGUAUUCCAGUGAUGUCAAACUGUUUCUACAGUUAAAGAGAAAGAGAAAAGUACUGAGUACCUGACCGCAGCAAUAUUACUCUACUGGCUUAUGUAUAUUUAUUGAUCUUUGUGAUUUGUUUUAUGGUGAAACAUCUGUCUCUGCACGGAUUCUAUGAGAGUGAUGACAACAUGUUUCUUGAUCUAUCUUGAUAAUCUGAGGUCAGACCAAAGAAACUUGGACAACGCACUGAUCUCACUUAUUGGCACACGCCCCUUAUUGCUGCAUGCACAUCAGAGGCAUGAAUGAAGAAAUGAAUAUGAUAUGUGAUGCACAGACAAAAUAGAUGUGAUUCUCUGUAAUCAUGGAAAUAUAUUUGCAGUGUGUGCACUAUUUUUCUAAUAAAAAAUAAGAAAACGA